GAUAUGAAGACCGUUAGGCUUCGAGAUAAAAACCCCGUUACGGUAGCGUGAGAAAACCGGGGCUAGGUGUCGGUAGCCCUUAGGUGGUUCUCCACCCCGAGACUAGGUAGCGCAGCCCUGAUAAGGCUGCCUACCGAAAAAGAGGAUCGCGAAUGGCAACCACCGAUUGGCGAAUCGGCUCCUGGAACUGCAGGUCUUUGAAUUUCUUGGGUUUCGAAUUCGCCUUAGCGAAUGAGUUGCAACCUCGCAACUUCGAUGUUGUGGCACUGCAGGAGGUGUGCUUGGAGGAGGAGCAGGUGCUAAACUGGCCAGGUCAGCAGACCAAUUCCAGAUUUUUUCUGAGCGGCGGCACGGACAAGAAGCUGGGUUCCGGCUUUAUCGUGCGGGGCAAGAUGCAGGAUCGCGUGUUCGGCUUCACGGCGUUCAGCGAGCGGAUGAGUAAGUUGAGGAUAAGAGGCCGUUUCUUCAACUACAGCAUCAUCGACGUGCACUGCCCCCACGAAGAAAAGACCGAUGAUGAGAAGGAAGCAUUCUACGCGACGCUGCACGGAAAGAAAUCCGGUCAGUGUAUUCGAAAACGUCCCGCGACGAAUCCGUUUACAUUGGAUGUUAUCAAAUUUGAUAACAAAUUCUUCGAAUAUGCUUGCAAUGUUAACAGAUUCGUCAACAAACCACAAUUGCAUUGCUUGCGUGUUGCAAACAUUUCGGCGCAUACCUUAAUCAGGUGCGUUAUGUGCGAUGCGUACAAUUGUCAAAUCGUUCUAGACCAAUCAAAGCAAGCCGUGCAAAACAAAAACAAACAAAAAAGUUUUGAUGGAACCGGUGGAACGUUCCCGUCGAGAUGAAGCUGCUCAAGAUGUUGCUGGUGGCAAACCUACUUCCGAUUCUUCGACUGGAACACCGGUUUGAGAAAGAAGACGGCCACCGAAAGUUUGCCGGAUGCAUCGCCUCUUGAUCAAGGAGAAGCAGAACUCCAGCGCCCGGUCGGAUCGACUUCCGUGAUGCCGAACAGCUGCCGAAAAAGCUGCACCAAGUUGUCACCACCGGACGGGAAGAAAUAAAAUCACAAGUGAACCGGAAGACUACGUACAUUUCGAGCGUCUUCUCGUCGACGUCUUCCGUGACGGUCAUCAUUCCCCGUUCCGAUGGCGGCGACCAGCACAAACGACUGGUGUCUGGAGAUACAAUCAGCUGACAUCCGAUUGGUGGUCCGGAAGCCGAAGUUUGUGCCAUUAAUGUGGUCAUAAUAGAUGACCAUGCUGUUCGACCGGAACCGCAAAAAUACAAAGAUACGAAAAUUCAAAAAAUCAGCAAUUCAAAAUUUGAAAAAAUACAAAAAUCUAAAUUUUACCAG